UUCUAACAAUAUAACUGUGCAUAAUUUAGAAGCGACAAUACACGGACACGUUGUUUGCAUACAUACAAUCAACCCCCGUAACCAGAAUUUGCACCCUAUUGAUUUCCGUUCCCACAAAUCUAAUUCCCUGAAUCCAUCUGCAAAAACCGUCAGCCGAUCCAAUCCAAUCCAACCUUUAACAAAAUCAUGGAGGAUGAACAGAAAAAGGAGCAUAAACAGACCAUCUGGAUGCUUGAUCCACCCACGGACCGCCCGGUUCGCGUCUACGCUGACGGCAUAUACGAUCUCUUCCACUUUGGUCACGCCCGCUCCCUCGAGCAAGCCAAGAAAUCGUUUCCAAAUACUUAUCUGUUGGUUGGAUGCUGCAAUGAUGAAGUUACACACAGUUUAAAGGGGAAAACAGUCAUGACGGACCAAGAACGCUAUGAAUCCCUCCGUCAUUGCAAGUGGGUUGAUGAAGUAAUCCCAGAUGCACCAUGGGUUAUGAACCAGGAAUUUAUCGAUAAACAUCGGAUUGACUACGUGGCUCAUGAUUCUCUACCUUAUGCCGAUGCAAGUGGAGCAGCAAACGAUGUGUACGAAUUUGUCAAAUCUAUUGGGCGGUUUAAGGAAACAAAACGAACAGAAGGCAUAUCCACAUCCGAUAUAAUCAUGAGAAUCGUCAAAGAUUACAACAACUAUGUCAUGCGCAAUUUGGAUCGAGGCUAUUCAAGAAGGGACCUUGGUGUCAGCUAUGUGAAGGAAAAGAGGUUGAGAGUGAACAUGAGUUUAAAGAAAUUUCAAGAAAAAGUGAAGAAACAACAAGAAAAGGUCGAAGAGAAGAUCAGUACAGUGGCAAAAUCUGCCGGUAUGAACCAUAACCUUUGGGUCGAGAACGCCGAUCGUUUGGUUGCUGGUUUUCUUGAAAUGUUUGAAGAAGGCUGCCACAAAAUGGGAACCGCGAUUAGGGAUCGGAUUCCCUUACAGUUGAUCAAGGGAAACUCGGGUGAACUCGCAUAUGACGAUUAUAAUGACGACGACUAUCAUGACGACGACUAUCAUGACGAUGAUUAUCAUGAUGAUGAUGAGUAUUAUUACGAUUAUAGCGCUGAGGAAGAAGAGUAUUCUGAUGGAGUUGACUGUGAACCAUCAUCACAAUGAAGUUUAUUGUUUUAGUUACUGUUUAUGUAAUAAAUAUUUGACCAUAUCCUACUGGCUUCUAACUUAUUUAGUUAAUGUAUGACAAACUUAUAUA